CGGAAAAAGAUAUCAUCUGGCGUUUAGUGUUUUUGCUUGUUUGGUGACAAAAAAUAAGCCGAUUUUUGUGAAAAGUUAUAAUUAAAAUUAGUGCAGGAUGGCUCUAACGGAAGCAGAAUUGGCCCUGCAGAAGGCAGUGAUGGAGGAUGCCAUGCAGUAUACACAAUUAUGCCGAAUUUGCCUGAUAACAGCCGAGAGGAACUUCAAGAAUAUGUCUAGAGCUCUUUUCGAUAAAGUUCCCUAUUUUGAUAUUUAUUUUGAGACUGUUGGCCGGAAAUUGGUGCCCUUUGGGAAGUUCUCUCCAAGGAUAUGUUCAUCGUGUGAAAUUGAAAUGCUGGAGGCAUAUAAAUUCCGGAAGAAAUGCAUCUUGACUGAUGAGAAGGUGACUAAGAUGAUUGAGCAGUCAAAACCGAAACCUCCGGAAGAACAGAUCAUAAAGAUAGAGCGAUGGGAGAUAGCCACAGAAGCCACAGGGACAGGGAAGGAUGUACCGGAAGCAGCUGCAGGUGAUGAAGCCAAGGGUGAAGCAGUGGAUGAGAGCAAAGCAGAGGAAAGACCUAAGAAACGGAAGAAGUUUCGCUGCAAAGUCUGUCGGGUGAUUUUUGAAGAAUUUGAUACUUUUCGUAUGCAUAAAUGCAUGUCUUGUGAGCCUAAGAUUAUCAAGGACAUGAGAGCCAUUUAUACGGCUAAUAAGGAAAAGACCGAGAAGAAGACACCGGAUAUCUCAACGGAGGCCAAGAAGAAACGGAACAGGAAUAAGCAGGAGUACACUUGUGAACAGUGCGGAAAAGUCUGUACAAAUCGUCAGGGAUUUCUUCUGCACAUGGACAAACACAAUGAUACAGCGCGAUACAGUUGUGAUCAGUGUGGAAAGAAAUUCCGACAUUGGCAAUCCCGUCGGACUCACAUCUAUCGCGUGCACCUGAAGAAGCCCUUCUGUACCUGUCCGCACUGUGGCAAAGCCUUCUACCAGAUCAAGUACAUGAAGACACACAUUCUCGAGCAGCAUUCGAAUUUCACGGGGUAUCAGUGUGAGAAAUGUGGCAAAAAUUUCCAGUCCAAAGCAGCCUUUACGGAUCACCAUACAAAUCAUGCCAGCGAGAUCCAGUGCAAAAUCUGCGGGAAGAAGCUCAAGACGCGCAAGACAUACUUCAGACAUCUGGAAACUCACACUGGCGAAAGGAACUACAUCUGUCCGGUUUGCGAUAAGCGCUACACGUGCAAUUUCACCAUGAAGAAACACGUGAAGCGUGCACAUCCGGAUCAAGUUCAUCUUCUGCCACCGGAUGGAACCAUAGUCAACAAGAGGUAUCUGAGGAAAGCCGGCCUUGAACCAGAGGAACCAGAGGAACAGGCAGAGAAUCAGGACUUGGAUCAAUCGAUCUCUCAAGAAGUCACCGGAUUAUAAGGCUAAAUGUAACAUAUUUCUCAAUUUUUUUUAAGAGUUUCCAUGGAAAAAAUAUGACAUAAAAGUGUUAAAGAUAAAUAAAAAAAAAUGAAAUUUAUCUCUUUAAAAAAUAUGGAAAAUAACAGUAAAUUGUCUGAGAAAAUUUCAAUAAAAAGCUUGAAAUUAUAGAAAA